UAAAGGGUGCUCCAUAUAUUCUAUAACCUCAGUGAACAUGGCUUACAAGAACAAGAGACGUGCUAAGAAGUCCAGCAAUAAGUAUCUCAAGCCUGGUGCUCUUGCUCAGCUUUGUUAUAACUUGUCUACAUCCCGAUGUUGCACCGACAUAGGAAAGAAAAGGGUUGUGUUAGAUUCCAAGGAUAAAAAGAGCAUGGGAAAGAAAAGGAUAAUGUUGGAUACUCAAGAGAGGAAAAUAGAUCCACUACCCCUAGCUGAUAUUGGUAGUCAAAGCACCAUGCCUGCUACAUCUUCAACAACAAUUAAUUUGAAGUCUCCAGCAGGGCCAACCCAUGCGAUUCGACAAGUUAAAAUGCUUGAGUCACCUAGAACACCAGCUUCUGUAAACUCUGAGUGCCAUUCAAGGCUUGAAUCUCUCCCCAUUGAACUAUUGGUGAAAAUUCUAUGCUAUUUACAUCAUGAUCAACUAAGAGCAGUUUUCCAUGUCAGCCAGCGAAUUCGAUCAGCAGUGAUUAUAGCCAGACAAACUUAUUUUAAUUACACAACACCUGACCGGUCUAGAUUGGAGAUGCUUAGGAUACAAACACCUCUUCCGACUGAACGUUGGCCUUUCACGAGAGGACAGGGCAAAGGUAUCAGGAUUUCGAGCCCGCUUACUCCGAAAGCUCCAAGGCAAGCUCCCCGCCCUCCUCGCCUUCAUUUGCUCGACAUAAAACAGGUUGCAGCUGUCCUCUUUCAAGAUUCUACAUUACCCUCUAAUUGUAUGUUGCUUCCUAAUAUGCCAAAACCUACCCUUCUCAAGCCUCUGGCUUCUAAUAGAGUAUUGUUUUAUGAGGAUGAGUUAUGCAAGGCUGUUGCCAAGAAUAAGCUUCGCUGAUUUUCUAGUCAUAGCUAUUAUUGUCUCUGUAAAUAUGCUUUGGCUCCUUGUUAUCUUUUGUAGCCGUGCAGAUUUUUGUCUAUCUCUCAAGUUCUGCGUUUGGAGUUCAGGCAAUCCCAUCUGUUCUUUUGUAAGAGCAUUAUUAGGUAUUGAGAAAAUAGUGGAGCUUUGCCUUCCACUGCGACGGUCUCUUCUUCUAUAUGUACAGUUCUCAAAAUUUUGCUUGUGUCAUUUACUGUUGCUUACCAUCUAUGGCCCAAUUUUCUCUGGCUUGGAUAUCUGCAUUAUAGAAUUAAAUGAUCGUGGCUGGCUCAUAGCAAGUGUUAGUUCAAUUAGGGUGCUGUUUUGGGGUUCUUUUUGGUUCUAUUUAUAUAUUGAUAUGAAUAAAAAAUAUAUUUGAUAUUUUACUAAAAUUAUUUUUGUUUAUGUUGCUUAUUAAAUAUCUUCUCAGCGGUUUAUUUAAUGAUUUGGAAGAGGGCAUGGUGCUGUAGCCGGUGUCCUUAAACCAAAUGCAGAUGUCGGUUGUGGGUGUGGUUAGGGGGUGUAAUUAAGGGCAAAUUAUUGUAUCCGGUCACCGGAUGUCGAGAUAGGU